AUGUCCUCUUUACCCACCCGAGAGAAAGAUUGGGUAGUGGGUGUCAAGCUAUCAGGGUCUCGGUUGAGUGUAUGUAGGCCUUUUGGAAGAUCAAAAUGGAUCGACAUCAAAAACGCUCCUGGGUGUAUCAACCCUUCCUCGAGCCUCAUGUUCUCCAAAGAUGAUAAAAGGUUCUACAUUCCAAGUCCCGGAUGCAACUACUUGUGCUAUUUGGAAGAAGAGCAUGACAAACUCGAGUUCAUGGGCUUGAAGUUUGACGACAUUCCAGCCUCGGUGUCUAAUGAGGUUUCGGAGUUGAGUUCAUGUUCAAGGACAGACCACCUUGUGGAGUCACCCACCGGCAACCUUUUCCUAGUCAAGUGGUAUGGUGAGGACUCAAAGGUGUGGAUGGACUCAGACUCGGACUCCGACACCGACUUGGAGAAGGACGAUGAAAACGAGGUGUCAACAUUGAAGCACGUAACGAAAAAAUUCAUGGUGUAUAGGGCGGGGGACCAAUCGUGUGAUUAUAAUAAGACAAUGAUCUACACAGAAGACAUUGGAGAUCUUUAUAUGUUUCUUGGACAUAGCCAGGCUUUCUGCGUCCCGGCCAGCACGUCUCCUGGACUCAAGCCUAACUGCAUCUAUUUUGUGGGUCGUAACUUUGGUGUUUAUGAUCUCACCACCAAAACUUGCACUACCUUCCACAAAGAUGAUGAAUGUCCAGUGACGAGAAUUGAAUUCCCUUACUGGCAAUUUUCUCUCUAG